CAUUGCCGACCGAUCUGCAAAGAUGUCUCUACGAAUACUAGUUGGUGUUAAACGAGUCAUAGAUUAUGCCGUAAAAGUACGUGUAAAACCUGACAAAAUGGGUGUAGUCACAGAUGGAGUGAAACACAGCAUGAAUCCCUUUGACGAGAUUGCCAUGGAGGAGGCAAUGCGGAUGAAGGAGAAGAAGUUGGCAUCAGAGGUUAUAGCUGUUUCUUGUGGACCCCAACAGAGCCAGGAAACACUUCGUACAGCAUUAGCAAUGGGAGCCGAUCGAGCCAUUCACGUUAAAGUAGAACCAAAAGAUUAUGAGACACUGCAGCCAUUCCAUGUGUCUAAAAUCCUCGCAAAGAUUGCUGCUGAGGAGAAAGUUGAUUUGGUUGUUUUAGGUAAACAGGCUAUUGAUGAUGACUGUAACCAGACUGGACAGAUGACCGCUGGUCUGUUAGAUUGGCCUCAGGGAACCUUUGUAUCAAAUGUUGAAAAACUGGAUGGACAGUUAAACAUUUUACGAGAAAUUGAUGGCGGUUUAGAGACAGUAAAGGUGUCUAUUCCAGCAGUAUUAACAGCUGAUCUCCGACUCAAUGAACCACGAUACGCCACACUACCUAAUAUCAUGAAAGCUAAGAAGAAACCAAUGGCUGUUAAGUCAGUGUCAGACUACGGAGUAGAUGUGAGUCCACGUCAAGAAGUCCUGUCUGUAGAGGACCCACCAACCAGGGAGGCUGGUCAGAAGGUGGAGAGUGUAGAGGACCUAGUACAGAAACUUAAAGAUGGAGGAUUCGUAUAGGAGUAGGUGGACAAUAGUUAGAUUUCUGAAGACAAAAGCAAUUCUGAUGUUUAGUGGAUGUGAUUGAGUUGACGAAUUUGUUGGUGAUACUGAUUUACUGGACACUUCAUUGUUUGAUACCGGGGAGGUGAAAACUCUCUAAUCAGACUCCAUGAUCUUUGUACAUAAUGAUUCUGUGUAACAGACACAUUACCAAAUCAUAUUUAAAUUAUCAAAAACCUCAA